AUGAAAGACCCCGCAACAUCACCAUGGAACAUCCACAUCAGUUCCUCCGACCUCAGCAAACUCAAAGCCGGUUUCGAGGCACCAGAUAUGGAUCAUAGAUGGGAAAUUACUCCUAAAGAUGCUGAUGAAAAUGGAAUCAUGUAUGUCCAUAUUAGUCGCAGCUGGACUGAAGAAGAUCAUUUUAUACUUGCUGUGAAAGCGAGUGUUGAGGAUGAUGCGGAGAUUGUGUCUAUUACGUGGGAUCAAAAUGAGGGGGAGGUACGGAGGGGAGAGGAGUAUGCGAAGAAGGAGGUGGUGGUGAUUUGUAGGAUGGUGUUGAAUUGCGAGUUUGAGGCGCUUCCGUUUUAUGAUAGGAAGGUUUUGUGGGGUUCGAGGAGGUAG